UCGUGGAGUGACGGACAAGUCCGCCAUACUUAAGCCAGCCGCGGCCCCCCGGGUCACGUGCGUCAGACGCGUCAUGUGCGAUCGGCUCAUUGAUGCGCGCCACAACCCCAAGCCUGCUGUUUCACCUCCGGGCCCAAAGUGUUUCAGCGACACUGCUCUCCUGCAACUCCACGGCCGCCCAUAGCCAGCCGAUCGCGUCCAUCCAAAUCCCAGUCCUUCUCCUGUCCUCUCCGCCCACCCGCUUCCCCCAACCGCGCGCCCGCAGCUCCCGACGCUCGCUUUUGCCCAGCAACGCCAGCCUCGCCUGGCGCUCAGGCAUCCCUCCGUCAGCUCCUCACGCUCCGUGCACCCGUGGAUUGCGUACGCUUAUCACCAUCCCCGGCUGCCUCGACCGCUUAUCGCCUGUGCCUCGAGCUGCGGUAUUACUCUAGAACAGCGUACGUACCUCCUCAUUUGCUUUGCUGGCGCCCUAAAAAUGACUAAAAUGACGGGAGCGGGUUGCGUGCGCCUCCCGCCUACGGGCCUCUCUCGUCAGGAGAAGGAAUGCCACGAGGGUGGUCGCGCUGCUCCGGAUUGGUUGCCCCCCUUCCCUUCCCGUCUGGUUUCAUACGACUUC